UAUCUGUGUAGAUAAUGAAAAAUAAUGCAAAAAGUAAUAUAUUUGCACGUGAGCAAUGCUAUACUUUUAUAUAGUAAUGAUAAUCAGUAUAAAUUGACUUACAUUAUCACAUUAUACCCAUUUUUAAUUUAAUACACAAUAACAUGUCACACCAUAUGACAAUGUUAGUCAGUAAGACUGUAAACUAGUGAAUAAAUGUAAAUUUAGAGAAACAAAUUUACAAAACCAUAUAUACAUUUGGAAAUAUAAAAGUUGGUAGAAUAUAACCCAGUGAUUUCCGUGACUUAAUUUUUAUUUUAUUUUUUUACAUUUUUAGACAAAUAUGUCAAAUCACCCAAAUACAUAUUGUUAGUUAAUAAGGGAAGAUGGUCAAAACAAGUUAAGUAACGUUCUUUAUUCAUUUGUUUUAUUUACAAUUUUACUGUCUUUAUUAACUACGUUUAACUAAUGUGUAAAAUAUGUAACACCUGCCUUUUGCUGAAUUUUAACUACAUUUUGCUGAACCUUUUUUUUUAACAGAACAGAACAGAAUUAAACAUUCAAACAUCUACACCUCCAUAGACAAGCCCUCGAUCCUAAUUACUUCAUUCCCUCUAAGGGUGAGGGCCAGUGUAAUUGGCAACUGUUUAACUAACAGGCCAAUGUCUCCCUCCCAUAGGCCCGGUGGAACAAUCAGCUCCUCCAGUUUGGAUGUCAGGAGAAUCAGGUGGUCUUCCUCUCCAGCUGUUACACCAAUCACCUCGGUGGCUGAUUGUCACUGACUGCCCAAUAGAUAGAGGAAAAGUGGCAGCCUCCCUCCACAGAGAAAUUAUCACCGAAACCCCCUCACCCUCGAUGGUGACCUCCUUCAGAGGGAUGUCUUCUCCAGAUCCAACGUUUCGGAAACUUGCCGAGACCACUUUCCCCGAGAGUGUUGUGUAUCCCUCCCUGGUAAAGAGCCUUGCGUCCUGCAGGGUAAUGCCCUCUGAUGGAGGGUAUACGGUUUCCCUGGCCAACUUGACCAAGUCCUCGGGCACACUAAGUGCAGCUGUGCGGAAGACACCUGACCCAUGUCCAAUAAACAGUUUUGUAAAAGGCUGUUCUUCCUUUAUAAGGGCAUUCUUUACAAUGUAUGUCUCGCCUUCUUUAAAUUUACUUGACUGCUCCUCCUUAAGAGGAACAAGAAAAAUUUUUGAUGCGUCACAGAAGGCACCCAUAAUUGUUUUUUUUUUAGACGUGAUCUGAAUUGGGUCAGUACUAAAAUCAAACCCAGUAGCACGCUCUCCUGUUCGCAGUGCAAUACAUUGAAUGGUGUGUGCACUGGGUUGCUGGUAAGGGUGGUGGCGUUGCUUCUUGCUCAUUCUGGGGAAAGACAACAACAAAAAAUGUUUGUAAAUGUAAUGUUUACUUUUUUAUUAUUUAAUUAUAUUUCUUUAAAUCUAUGUAUUGUAUUUUUAUGUUAUAAAGAAAUAAAGUUAUAGAUAGUC